AUGGCAUAUGAGGUCCUCUUAAACGCUCUGGACGAACUCGGAGAAGAUGAAUUUCAACAUUUCAAGUGGAUCCUGAAAGAGGAAUGCCUGAAAAACUCGUCAACCAUCCCAUGGAGCAAGCUGGAGAAUGCAAAGACGUGGGACACAGUUAGUCUGAUGAUCCAGACCUACACACUUCCUGGAGCUGUGGAGCUGACCCAUCAGGUCUUAAAGAAGAUCAACAGGAAUGAUCUGGUGCAGAGUUCGUCAGCCCGCAGCUCAGGGACAAAAAGUCAGUCACAGGAAGACAAACAUGAUAGUCACAGCCAGAAUGUUGUGGUUGAAGUCCCAGAACCAGGACUCAUCUUACAUUACCGAAAAAAACUUCAAUCAAACCUCCAUGAUACAUUUAUGUGUGCGCAGGAAGGGUGGGCACAGAAAAAGGAUGAGCAGCAUCUGGAUGACAUCUACACACAUCUGUACGUUGCAGCGGGGGGUGACAUACAGCUUAACACAGAGCAUGAGUUCUGGCAGAUUGAGGCAGUGGCAGUGAAGCCAGCAGGAACAGAGACAACAAUUAAACCUUGUGACAUGUUCAAACCCCCCUCUGGAAGAUAUAAACCAAUAAGAACAGUGCUGACCAAUGGAAUCGCAGGAAUUGGCAAAACAUUUCUUGUGCGCAAGUUUGUGUUGGACUGGGCUGAAGGAAGAGCCAAUCAAGAUGUGCAUCUCAUUUUUCUUUUCACCUUCCGCGAGCUGAAUUUAAAGAAGGGGGAAAAGUUUUGUUUGACAGAGCUUAUUCAUGAAUGCAUCACAGAGACUAAAGACAUCAAGGAAGACGUCCUGAAUUCCAUCUUUACAGCUCUGCAGUCAUCAGGAAACACCAACUAUGACAAGAGUGAAUUCAAACUUCUGUUUGUUUUGGACGGACUGGAUGAGAGCCGCCUUGAUCUGGACUGCUCUACCAAUGACAAUCAGGCAGUUAAAUUUGAUGUGACAACGCCGACCUCAGUGGACAAGCUGCUGACGAACCUCAUCCAGAAGAAACUGCUUCCCUCUGCUCGCCUCUGGAUAACAACCCGACCGGCAGCAGCAAAUCAGAUCCAUUCUGAUUUUGUUGACAUCAUGACAGAGGUAAGAGGGUUUACCGACCCACAGAAGGAAGAGUACUUCAGGAAGAGAUUCAGAGAUGAAGAGCAGGCCAGCAGAAUCAUCUCCCACAUCAAGACAUCACGAAGCCUCCACAUCAUGUGCCACAUCCCAGUCUUCUGCUGGAUCACUGCUACGGUUCUGGAGGAAGUGAUGAAAACCAGAGAGGGAGGAGAGCUGCCCAAGACCCUGACUGAGAUGUAUGCAGAAUUCCUGGUGUUUCAGAUUCAUCAGACAAAAAAGAAGUAUGACCGAAAAAAGUGCAUUCAGUACAUUGACUCAUUAGCAAAACUGGCUUACCAUCAGUUGGAAAAGAGCAACCUGAUCUUCUACGAGAAAGAUCUCAAAGAGAGUGGCAUUGACGUCAGUGGAGCAUCGGUGUGCUCAGGAGUGUUCACAGAGAUCUUCAAAGAGAAACGUGGGAGAAAGAAUGAGGACAAGAUGUUUAGCUUCAUCCAUAUGAGUGUUCAGGAGUUCCUGGCUGCUCUUCAUGUAGAGAGGGCAGUCAUUAACAGAAACAAGAAUGUGAUGUCUGAGCCAGGCCAAAGUUAUGGCAAACAAAUGCGAAUGGUUUUCAGCAGAACAUCUAUGACAGAUGUCCACAGGUUUGCUAUUGACAAGGCCUUGCAGAGUCCAAAUGGACACUUGGACCUGUUCCUCCGCUUCCUCCUGGGUCUUUCACUGGAGACAAAUCACAAACACCUACAAGGUCUGAUGAAAAAAAGCUCAGAGACCAAUCAGGAUACAGUCAAAUACAUCAAGACGAAGAUCAGUGAGAAUCUGUCUCCAGAGAAAAGCAUCAAUCUGUUCCACUGUCUGAAUGAACUGAAUGAUCAUUCUCUAGUGGAGGAAAUCCAACAUUACCUAAGUUCAGGAAGUCUCUCUACAGAUAAACUGUGUCCUGCUCAGUGGUCAGCACUGGUCUUCAUCUUACUGACAUCAGAAAACGACCUGGAUGUGUUUGACCUGAAGCAAUACUCUGCAUCAGAGGAGGCUCUUCUGAGGCUGCUGCCAGUGGUCAAAGCCUCCAACAAAGCUCUGCUGAGUGGCUGUAAUCUGACGGAGAAAAGCUGUGAAGCUCUGUCCUCAGUUCUCAGCUCGCAGUCCUCUAGUCUGAGAGAGCUGGACCUGAGUAACAAUGAACUGAAGGAUUCAGGAGGGAAGCUGCUCUUUGCUGGACUGAAGAGUCCAAACUGUAAACUGGAAACUCUCAGGUUGAGUCAAACCAGGCUUACGAACAAAUGCUGUCAGGAUCUCUCAGCAGUUCUUAGCUCCCAGUCCUCCUGUCUGAAAGAGCUGGACCUGAGUAACAACACACUGCAGGCCUCAGGAGUGGAAUUGAUCUCUGCUGGACUAAAGAGUCCACACUGUACGCUGGAGACUUUCAGGCUGAGUGGCUGUAGUCUGUCAGAGAGAAGCUGUGAAAAUUUGUCUGCAGUUCUCAUCUCCCAGUCCUCUAGUCUGAGAGAGCUGGACUUGAGUAACAAUGACCUAGAGGACUCAGGAGCAACGCUGCUCUUUGCUGGACUACAGAGUCCACAUUGUACACUGGAGACUCUCAGAUUGAUUCAAACCAGGCUCACAAAGAAAUGCUGUCAGGAUAUCUCAUCACUUCUCAGCUCCGAGUCCUCUGUUCUGAGAGAGCUGGACCUGAGUAACAACGACCUGCAGGAUUCAGGAGUGGAGCUGCUCUCUGCUGGAUUGGAGAGUCAACAAUGUACGCUGGAGACUCUCAGUCUGUCAGGCUGUCUGGUCACAGAUGAAGGCUGUACUUCUCUGGCCUCAGCUCUGAGCUCCAACCCCUCCCAUCUGAGAGUGCUGGACCUGAGAUACAAUCAUCCAGGAGACUCAGGAGGGAAGAUGCUGUCCUCUGGACUGGAGGAUCCACAAUGGAGACUGGAAACUCUCAGCCUGGAACAUGGUGGAGAGCAGAGGCUGAAACCUGGUCUGAGGAAGUAUGUCUGUGAACUCACACUGGACACAAACACCAUGAACACACACCUCCGACUCUCUCAUAACAACAGGAAGGUGACAGCAGUAAGAAAGAGGCAGCCAUAUCCUGAUCACCCAGAGAGGUUUGACUACUGGUGGCAGCUGCUGUGUAGAGAUGGUCUGACUGGAAGCUGUUACUGGGAGGUUGAGUGGAGAGGAGAGGUUGAUAUAUCAGUGAGUUACAGAGGAAUCAGCAGGAAAGGAAACAGAGCUGACUGUGAGUUUGGAGGGAAUUAUCAGUCCUGGAGUCUGAGAUGCUCUGAUGUUGAAGGUUACUCUGUCAGUCACAAUGACAUAAGUACAUGCCUCUCCUCCUCUCCAUCCUCCUCUGUCUCUCACAGAGUAGCAGUGUAUGUGGACUGUCCUGCUGGCUCUCUGUCCUUCUACAGAGUCUCCUCUGACACGCUGAUCCACCUCCACACCUUCCACACCACAUUUACUGAACCUCUUUAUCCUGGAUUUGGGUUAGGGUGGCCUGGUUCACUGUGUUCUCUGUAGCAGGGAGAGUCUCCCCCUAUGCAGAGAAAUACUCACACUGCUGACAAACAUAAUACAAUCUUUUUGUCUCUUUGUCUCUUUAAAACGAUCUGUCCUCUCUGUCUAAAAUGUGUACCUGAUGUCUUCAAAAUAGUGUUCUUUAUCCUUCAGAUGUGAGUAAACUGCAGAGUCUAGACCUGAGGUGUCGGUCCUUCUGUGUUGGGCGUCGGUCCUUCUGUGUUGGGCCAUGCAUUUGUGUAACGGUUGUUUUGUUUGUCUGUGGAUUUCUCUGUGUCUGUGGAUUCCUCCCUGCAUUGGACAGGAGUUUGAAAGCGGUACACCUGGGUAGAGAAACCGUUGCUUAACAGGGAAGCAGGUCUGUGACACCACUUAUUCUCCACUUACAAUGCUGUACUUUCAUCUCUUUCCAGGAAACUAAUCAACCGCUCACAUUUGGCCAUAUGUGAGAAUGCCAACGAUGGUUGUUCAGACUUGGCCUCAGGUGUCUCAUAUGACUUAGUCUCUUAUUGCCGGCUCUAUCUCCACAGCGCUGUGGAGUAAGGUCUGGCUGUACCACAGAUGAAUUCUGGGAUAGGAGAAAAAAACUCUCUGGGUUGUUUGCAUUUCUUUAAACCAAUCACAAUUGUUUUGGGAGGUGCUAAGCUCCGUUCUCGAAGUUUGUUGUUGUAUCCCCCCUCAAAGUGAUCAAUGCUACUUUUACCAAUGGACCAUAUAUUGUACUGUAAAGUGCUGUAACGUGAAUAGUCUAUAGUGCGAUAGAACGAUACAAUCCGAGCAGCUGUUGCUGGUUGUAUUUAGCCGCUACAGAGCUCCGGGACACUGGCUACCAGCGGCAGUUUUUUAGUCGCCAAUAGGUGACUGCGAGCCAGCUACAGGCACCGCCAGAUGAUGUUCCUUUGACCCUCCUCUGCCUUUUUUCACAAAUUGUACUCUGGUUAUAUAUGAUGUCAAUCAUUGAAAGUUGAAAUGUAAUUUGAGUAUUUUACAAAUGUAUUGAACUCCUACAUUUUAAGUGUAAUCUACAUCAAUCAAUCAAUCAUCAGAUGAAUGGUUGGGAACCCUUUUCAAACAGAGGGGGCAAAUAUGAGGACUAAAAGUAACUGGAAACAUCAACAUAAACUUAAAAAGGCAUCAUGUGUAAUAUUUUGUUGUAUAAUACAGUUCUGUCAAAACAUAAAACAAAUUGAUAAAAAUCUCUGAAAUCUCUUUACUUCUAUCCAUCUUUGUACCAUGGUUUGUUUUCUGCGAGUAAAAUCUUAAGUCUA